AUGUCUAAAUCUUGCCGUAAGUGCUCCCUAAAGAACUCACAAUGUGAAGGGAAUGUGGAAGAGUUUGAAGAAUGGAGGAGGGAGCAUGUUGCAUCUGGAGAUUGUGACAUCAACUUCGAAGGAAGUUCACCUGCUAUGGAAGCAGAAGGAGCUUCUGUUCUUUGGAAUAGAUCCAUCGAACUUCAUAACAUGAGGUACAAAUGGAUGGUGUCAGACGGGGACAGUAAGGCCUUUAACACUGUUCAACAUGCCUAUGAUGACUGUGAAGUUAUUAAACUGGAUUGUGUAGGCCAUGUGCAGAAAAGGAUGGGCAAACAUUUAAUGAAUUUGAAGGCAUGCAGUAAGGGUAAACUUGCUGAUGGAAAACCUAUAGGAGGGCGUGGCGGCUUACAGAAGGAAAGAUCAAGCAGCUUCAAAGGUACUAUGGCCUAGCAAUCCCGCAAAACACCUUGACCAAGGCAAAUCCCCUCUGAACGGGAGGUUGACAUUGCAGUUUAUGCUAUGAAAAAAUAUUAUUGCCAUUCUCCAUCACUGUGUAAAUUCAACUGA